CUGACAGGCACCUCAUCUGGAGGGGAGGAGAGACCACUAGGCACCACCACCACCUUCUCCUCCCAGGGCAGCAGCAAUAACCGCCCGUACAGGCCUCUCGGGCCCCACCCAGGACCCCUAGCCGACGGUGGUGGUUGUGCGUAAAAGGGGACUUUGCGCUCCGGAUCAAGUUUGCCACCAGGAACCCACCCACCCCCCUUUCCCCUGCUCACCCGAUCAGGCGCUCGGAGGGGUGGGCUUAGAACCUUCCGCCACCCCCGGGAUCGAUCCAAGCCGGAUGCGUGGGUGGGGGAGCCGCAGUCGCCACUCGGGUCGGGCUCUCCGCGGCCCGCGCGCGCACACAGCCACACAGGAAGCGAGGCUCAAGGUCUAUCGCCAGCGCUCGACCACGUGGGGGAAGCGAGGGGAGGGCCGAGCCGGGGCGGGCAUUGUCUGGGGCGGGACGAGGCGCCGCCCCUUCCAGGCUAGGCGAGGACGGAGCGGAGCGCAGAGAAGAGGGGUGGCUCCUUCGCCUUCGCCUCCGCCGCGUCCCGAGACGGCCUCCCCUAGUGGCUGCAGAGGGCGGGCGGGCGAGCACAGGAGCCCAGGAAAACUGCAGCUGGUGCUGCUGCCGCCGCUCGGACUGCUUUCUCCACCCCUGGGUGGCAGGGCACCCAUCGGGGAAUGAGGCAGGUGCAAGGAUGCGCGGACGGAAGCGGCGUGGGAAAGUCGCCCGGGAGCACCCGCUUGGCAUGCAGAAAUGCGAUCCCGGCGCAGGGAGGGCGAGACCGUGUCCUGGAGUUCCGCCGUCGCUCCGUGGGUUCUUCCUUGCGGACUAGGAAUCUCCCCUGCGGGAGGAGGGAAAGCGAGCUACUUUCGCUUUCCGCGCGUGCCCCUGCUUCCAGCAUGCACGUGAGAAGGGGCCAGAAGCGAGCCCUGCAAUCUCCAGCCUGGGUGUUGCUGCUGUUUGGGUUCCUCGCCUCGUCGCCCUGCAGAGCCAGCCCAGCCUCCCUUCCUCUCCCGGAAACACCCCAUGCCCUCUGCCUGCUUCAGACGGUGGUGUUCCACAAUGCCAGUGACACUGACAUCGAGGGCACUACUUUUCUGGGAGACGUGGCGGUAGUUACGUUGGAUACCAACACCUGGAAGUUCAAGUUCCUCCAGCCUUGGGGCAGAAGCGGCCUCACGCCUCAAGAGUGGGACGGCCUGCUGAAGAUUAUCAAAGGCUACUUCCUAGGCUUCGUACAAACCAUCAACAAAAUGGUCGUGUUUCGUCAAAGGCAGCUACCCAUAUUCUCAGAUCCUUUCGUGGUGCAGUCCUUGAUCUUUUGUGAGUCCACGUCCAACGGGACGACGAGGGGCUUCUACGACGCUGCCUUAGAAGGGGAAUCCAUUGUCACCUUCAGUGCAGAUAACGGCAGCUGGGUUGCUCUGCAGGACAAUGCGAUGGCUGCCUAUGUUCAACAGAUCCUGAAUGGUGACAAGGGCACAGCUGGAACUCUACAGAAACUUCUGCUGGGCCAGUGCAUCGGAGCUCACAACACCUUCCUUGAGACCGGAAAGGAGGCUGUGCAGAGGCAGGUGUCGCCAGACUAUCAGGUCUUCACCCACAAGACCCCGCCAGCCCCCGACUCUUUGCUGCUGGUUUGCCGAGUCACCGGAUUCUACCCACGACCCAUCAACGUCUCCUGGCUGCAGGAUGACAAAGAGCUGCCCAGCUCAGACUUCAACUCCACCGAGAUACUGCCUAACCACGACCUGACUUACCAGAUCAGGAGUACUCUGGUUAUUAAGUCAGCAGAUGAGCACAGUUACGCUUGCAGGGUGCAGCACAUCAGCCUGGGGGUGAAAAUCAUCCCUUGGGAUGGCAGAGGAAACAAGGCUGCGCUAAGUAUAGGGAUUGUCGUUGCUUUACUAGCUGUAGUCGCAAUUGUGGCAGGUGUAGUAAUUUACCGGCAGAGGAGACGUGGGAGUUAUGAAGGCAUCCGCUCAGUGGAAGGAACAUCACCAGUUGGAAGCUGAGG